AUGGAUAAUGAAAUCAAAGAAACUGAAAUAACCCCUUGCAUUCCAGCCCAAGCCUAUUUAGACCAUAACUAUCCUAAAAAUGGAACUUAUAUAAGCAAACAAGGUUUAGAAAGCUCCCUUGACCUCUCAGAUUUUACUAAUUUAGAGGAAUUAAGUAACCAACUUACUACUCUGGAUUUGAGUAAUUUGGAACAAUUAGAGAGCCUUUAUUGUUCUGAUAAUUGCCUCACCCAGAUGCCUUAUAUCCCUAAUCCAGAGCAAUUAGUCAGUUUAACUAUAAGCAACAAUAAUUUCCCCUCCCAAGACCUUUCUAUUUUUAGUCAGUUUAGGAAUUUAGAGUGGUUAGAAAUUGGCAAGGAUGAACGAGAAAUGAUUAAACAAGGCAUCUAUAAUCGCUUUACUUUUGCCGGUAGUUUAAAAUCUUUAAAAAACUUAACUAAAUUAAAAGGAUUAAAUAUUUCUAACACUGAUAUAAAUAGUGGUGUAGAAUAUUUACCUGAUAGUUUGGAAAGAAUUUAUUAUAACACAAACGAUAGGUCAACUUGUAAAUUAGGAGAAUAUAAAGGACAAAUAGACAAAUAUUUCUGA